CAAGCACUGGCAUUAGCUCUUGUGCCCGGCCACCAUGCGCAAGCUCUUGAGAAUCCUCCUGAAACUUGUUCAGCUGUUUCUUCUCUUUCUCAUCUGUAUCGCAGUUGCUCUGUCUUGCGUUGCACUCCUUGGGCAAGCCGUGCGCCAUUCGCCCAACCAGACGUGGACGGGAAACUUCAAUGCCGUCAUCAUAGGAGGGUCGUAUGUCUUCGUCGUGCGUAUCGGCGUCCCAAGCACGAGGAAAAUCAGGGUCUAAAUGCAACCAGCUAAUUAUAUCGUUGCUCUUCUGUGUCAAACGACGACUAGCUGUGCACUUGCGCAUGCAACGGAUUACGAAGGCACAUCGAAUACUGCGGCGCGGAGAUAUUCCGAACUCUGUUCAUGAGUAUAUCACGCAAGAGUACAUCCGCACUUGUUUGGUAGCGCAUGACUCCCUACCGACGGAUGUGUUCCAUCCAGGAUGGGGCCGGCCCGGCUCGAAGUACGAAGGUGUGCAUUUUCGACGCACUCUUCUGGAUACGAUCCCUGAGAUCGAUGUUCUCGCACGCUUGGUGAUGCCGUCACAUCCUACUCUCAAGCCCCACGUCAGAAUGCUCCAUCACUUUCGGUUCAUCCUGCCGCUGUUGAAUUCUGACGAGGAAGAGUUCACGCCGUUACAUUACUACGACUCGGCUAUCCAGCUGGCUCGCUACUCAGCGGAAGAACCCACUGAAGAAGAAUUCGUCCUUGGCUUCCAGUCUGCUGCAGAAAUUAAACGCAGCUUGAACGACUGUCGACUCGAGGCCCUUGAGCCCUCCCUGACCGAAUUUUCCGAAUCCACAGAAUCAUGA